GUAGUUGUCUCUGGCUCCCAACCGCGGGUAGACAACUCUCGUCUGCCUCUCGACCUCGUGACAGAAGGUUGAGGCGCGUUUGAACCAUGAGGUUGUGGUGGUUGGUACGCUGCCUCCUGGCCACCUGGUGCCUCUCACUCCUCCCCCUCUCUCCUGCCUCCCUCCCUCCAGCGCCCCUUCUCAGUCGCAAUGGGUCUAGUCCAUCUGGAGGCGGGAACAUCCGUACUGUCAACGCUGGGUGGAGGAACACUUCGGUGGUUGGUGGCGACGAUGCAGCAGACGCCAGCGGUGGAGCCUUAAUUGGCGCCUUCGACUCCCUCUGGCGGAAAGUUCGGCCUUUCCUUCUGCAAGAAGAUGGUCUAAAGCGCCCGGAUCGUUUAGUCGCCUUCAGGGAGCGGCUGCUGACGAGGGCUGAAGACUUGAUCAACGCGCGCACCCGCGGUACCAAAGUCCUUCAGCGAGAGAAGCGCCUGGUGGACAGUGUUAAUAGCAUUGGUACCCAGCAACGCCAUAGGACGAAGAGGAAUCACCCUAUUGACCUGCCGUUGUACAAGGACCACGACGGCGUGCUGGUGGUGGAGGGACUGAGGGACGCUACCAGGCUGCCUGUGGACGGGUCGCGGGACAUCGACAUGGCGCUGUGGAGAGGAAGACUCAUUGUAACUAUCAUCGACAUUGACCUCAACCUCUCCCUCUACUCCCUCGACCAACGCUCAUUAAAGGCGACAGUGGUGUGGACAAGCCCCGGUUUUUUCAAAUGUCGGAUGGCUCGGGUCUCGCUAGAAAGUCUGCUGCUAAUAUGUAUUCCUCGGGACUCGCCCUACGAGGCCGGCAGCUUCAUUCCUCGGCCGGCACGGGGGUCGGCCGAGGCUACUGUGUUCCUACUGAGGGAGGCGGCGCCGGGGAACCCCAACAUCAUAGUCAGCAUCCUGCAGAGUAUACCCACACACAGCCCCUCAGACGUGCACAUAUGGCUCCAGGAGGAACGAUGGUACUUGAUGGUAGCUGACGCCAUGGUAAAGAGAGCAGCCGAUGAAGGGCCCGAGGCAGAUGGUCCCUCCACCUACCACACCACCUCCAGCAUCUACCACUGGACCGGCCAGUACUUCGACUUGGUUCACGAACUUCCUGGCACACACCCGACUUCUGUCCUCCACUUCAGGGCUCAGACUUACAACUUUAUUGCCAUGGCAAACUUCAUCAAUAAUAAAGGCGAGCACAACUGCCACAGCUACAUCUAUCGCUACUCGCUCAACCUGCAGCGAUACGUUCACUUCCAGCAGCUGCUGACCAAGGGUGCCAGGCACUUCGAGGCCUUUACCCUGGGCAGUGGAGCGUUUCCCCACAUACAUCUCGCCGUCGCGAACUCCUGCGAGGACUAUGAGGACAGCAGCAUGGGCAGAUGUAAUCCGUACACAAACUCUAAGAUCUAUCGCUUCCACUUCGGGAAGUUUGUUCUCUUCCAGGAGAUACCAACUGCAUACGCUGUUCAGUGGCUUGCCAUUCAGGUGGAGGACGGUGUGGUGCUGGCUGUGGCGAACACGCUCACGGGGGUCACCUUCUACCAGUAUAACGGCUGGAGGUUCGUGCCCAGCGCCUUCCAGCCCAACUCUGGCCCGUUCAGCGCUGGUGUUACCGCCAUGGCUGCCCGCUCCUGGAACGGCAGUGUGGUUAUAGGCGUGACUAAUCAAAACUCCAAUUACUCCUCGCCGCUCGUCUCUACACUCUACAGCCUGACUCUCAGCAGAGACGCCUCCCUACAGGAAUUUCACGAGGAAUCCGAGGCUUGGUGUAAGGAGCGGCUCAACCAGCUAAGACGUCAGGACCUGGCGGUGCUCCUCCAGCAGCUGCGUGACGCCCCGAAGGUCACCAGUCAAAACUUCACCUUCACCAUGCCUGUCACUAUCGUCGGCAACCUCAGUGUGAAACUGAAGAGUUCUGCCACUCAGGUGUACGUUCGUGGACAAGACGCCUGGAUUCCGGAUCAGGUGAACGCACUCGUUCCCCGACGAGUGCUUCUUCAGCAGGAACUCCAGCGGGCUAAACUGCGUCUCCAGGCCACUAUACCCCUCCAAGGCCCUGUCACCUGGCCAGCUAACCUUCAUCUUGCCAACUUUGACGCCAGAGGCACCUCAAAUACUUCCUCCGUCGUUGACCUUCUGGUGACAGAGGUCAAUAACCAAGUAAUGGUAAAUAAACGUCAAUUACUGAAGAUCUCUGGGUCAACUGUGCUUCAACUUCAGAAAAUCCACUUCCACCAUGUGGCAAUACAGGGCAAAGCAGCGGUGACGAAGCUGCUGAAUCGCCCAAUGGCGGAGUAUGUGACCCUUGGCGGUGGACACACUAUCAGUGGUGAGGUGACCUUCCUGGGCGGUGUGAGUGCCUCUCUGGUGACCUCGAGAGGGACUGUAGAUGCCGUCUCCGUCAGCAAUGAUGUCCUCCUUCUGACUACCGGCCCCCAGUCCCACGCUGGGAAGGUCAGCUGUGAGAACUUGGAGGUCGGGGCUCUGGACGUCAACACCAUCAACAAUGUCAACAUUAAUCAGCUGUUCCAGAGCCUGGUGACCCGCGACGCUCCUGCCGCCGCCGUCACUGGGCAGCUGGUUGUCAAUGGUGAUCUCCAUUCUGGCAACUUAGAGGUCAAUGUCACAAACGUUGACCUCUACAACCCACUUAGAACAGAUGACCCACGACCGCAAGUUGUAUCGGGUGAUCACCGUGUGGGCGGCAUGAGGUGCCUGUCAGCCAGGGUGACUGGGAGGGUCAACGGUGUGAGGGUGCCAGGUGAGGUCUUCCAGAGACACUCUCACCUUUCCUACAGUGUGUCGUCGGCAGCCUUCACCCACCUCCUCGCCGCCUCCCUCACCAUCAACACCGCUCUACACACCAUCACGGCGAGUAAUGGCCACUUGGACGUAAUGCUAGUGACUGGGAGCCAGCCAGUGACGGCCCAGAAGACCUUCGUUUCCAUGCACCUUAAAAACGACCCGAGCUCGUCCACUUACGGCAGACGUCGACGCCGGGAGCUGGACUCUGACCGAGAGGCUUGUGUGUCCCUGGACGACCAGACCCUCUCGGAGGGCGAGGCUAGGCGGGAGGGACUACUGCGUACCCUUCGGCGUGUUGCCGCUGCCCAGGACCUAUUGAACUACUUGAACGAAGACCACCCUGGCGGGAUCUCUCUCCCUCAUCACGGCAUAACCUUCUAUGCUAGACUCUCGCAAGACGUCCGUUGUGCAUUCUCAGAGGUAGAUGGGGAAGGAAGCGUGUUGACGUUUGACUUGCGUAACUUGGACUGGAAAAACGAAGGGAAGCGGAUGGAUUUGAGAAUUAAUGAUGCCAUAAAGGGUCUCGUUGUUAAUCUUGAAAAAUACAAGAAGGAUCUUGACGAGGACAUUGCGAAUCGUGAACUAACGUGGCAUGACGUGUUUGUUAUAUUCGUUAGUGCAAGGAUGGCGAUGUACGUAAAGGGUGAAGAUGAUCUUCCAGUUUUAGAAUCGGUAAUUCUUGCCAUUAGCAAUGAACGCUCGAACGACGGUCAGACAGAGCAUGAAUGCAAAGUAUGUCCUGAUAUGAAGACUAACUCCACUGUCAUGGAUAAUGAAUGUUUACGUGGAUUUGUGCACAUUAAAAACGUACUGAGAAGAGUGAGAGAGUAUGCCUCUAUUGCGAGGAACUUGACCCAGCUCUCGGAGAAGCAGAGGGAGGUGCUGCAGGUGGCCUUAGAGGAACAAGGGAUCGGGGUACUCUUGCAGGUGAUCAGAGAACAGCAGCAGCUUAGUGACGCCCUCAGAGUGGCUGGUGAGUGUCUGACCCAAGCAGUCACUGGUGAGGGCGACGAAAUUGUAAUGAAGAUGUUGUCGUCGUACAGGAGAGAACUGCUGGAAGCUGAGAAGACUACUGCCAGCAGAACGAAGAGAUCCGCUAAAGCAACCCUUGAAUACAGCUGGACAACCAGCGAAUACAACUGCAGCAACAUUCCUGGCCACUACUACGAAAACGUCACCUAUGCUCAGGGAGCGAUAGUGAUCCUACAAUCGGCUUUACAGUAUCUUCACAACAUAAGCGCCACUCUGCCUUGGAAUAUAGAGAUCUCUUCAAAUUCCCAGGAAGGAGAGUUCGAAUCCUACUUCAGACGUCACACGGGACAAGUUUAUAAUACUGUAAAAAUGCUGAAUACCGAUCCUAUCCAGGCCGUGGAGUCUCUGGACGCUGGCAGCUUGUCUAAGCAGGCGAUGUUCUUCAACCACUUUCUGGAAUUUGCUAAGAGGUUCAGCCCGAUGUUGUCGCUGGCAGCUCGGGAUGAUUUAGAAUCUUUGAGGGCGCUCCUUCCCGCCUCGACGGUGAAGGUGACACAGGUUGUGACAUGUUUUGAACUGAUGCAGAGAGCCAUGAAUUCUUUCCCUCACGUCGGGGAGACGCUCGGUUCGCCCAUAUCUUCGGUAGAUGUUCGUCGCUACACCACAUUGCCGACUACUCCGUCCUUCCUCACCAUUUCCGUCCACAGAAGCACCCCUGAGGUGCCCUCGUCCACACAGACGACAGGUGCUCCCUCAACGGGAGUAACUUUGACCAUACCACCUUCAGGAGCGCCGGGAUCAUGGGUGAAUGGACGCGUGGCAGGAUACGACAUAGGACGUCUAAUUAGUUACUUUUCAUCUCAUUUCCUUGCCUCAGACGAUCCCGUUCAGUAUAUUGUUACGCACAUGGACAAGGUGAGGAAACUGCUCAUGAAAUCUCUAAACGUCGCUCUGGUGAACGAAGUGGACAUGAUCAGAGUCGCUCGCCACGGCUUGAUGCUUGAUGCAAAUGCAAUAGAUUUUUCUAUCACCUUUUCGGAACUUGUAACGGUGAUUGGCGAGGUUGUGGUGACGGGUUUGCUGAACAAGGUGGAAGCCUCGCACUACGUGACGUUGAAAGGACGUAAUGUUUUCACCCAGCCACUCGUCUUCACGAGCGACGUGUUGGUCAAUGGCAAGAUGAGGCUAGAAUCGAUGGUCAACAACAUUGACCUGACAACAUUCGCCAGGAAUGUAGCUUUAACUACAAACUCCUCCGUUGUCAAGACGUUCCUCAACCCCAUUACUUUCACCAACGUAGCCGCCUCCAGACUAGAGUGCUCGGAGUGCAUAUUGACAGGUGUUCGGCUUGCUGAUCUGGUCCUGUUGAACGACACUGCAAUGAUUUCUGGAAGAAAGAGCUUUCUGGAGGUGGUAGUCGCGGGCGGAGUGAAGAUGGCACGUCUCCAGGUGGACUUUAUCAACAGAAUCAACGUCACCGCUCUCUUCCUCUCCUCCCUCAGGAGGAACCCAGGUGGUGUGCAGGUGAUGACAAGUGCAGUACGGCUGAAGACGCUGCUCGUGCCCGGAGAACUCGCCACCAGAGGCUUCACCUCUUCAAACAAAAUCUUCGACAUGUCUAGUUUACCGAGGCGUGUGGUAUACCUGGACCAGACCACUACAAUUACCGGUGGACUAGUUAUAGAGGGCGCCACGUCGAUCACCACCCUCGUCUUCCUUGACACUUUCGACACUGUGCCAUCAGCGCGGUAUACGGGAGACUGGUUGCUGAAGUCUUCAGAUCAGGUGAUACCUGGUGCGAUGGUGGUGGUGGACAGCAUGACCUGUGGUAUCGUGGAAACAUCUCCAGGAGUCUUGGUCCAGGGAGUGGACGUCUCGCGCCUCCACACUGCUUGUCUACUCGUGACAGAGUCGACAGUUAUGACUGUCCCUGUCACCUUUGGGGAGGUGAGGUCGCUGCUGUGGACGAGUCUCUCUGGACGUAUACAAGGUUGGGACCUCUCGCAAGACUCCAUCCUUUACACCACUUCCAACGUUGUCUUCAACUCCUCGAUGACAUUCCUAGGCCCCGUCAACAUCACCGGAAACUUCGUAGCGCUGAAGGGAAUCAACGGUGUCGAUUUAGACUCCCUCUGUGGCCACCUCACCAUACAUAGCUUGAAUAUUUAUGGUACAUUGAGGUUCGCCAAGAGUGCAAGUGCCGACGUGGCACAGCUGGGACUGCACAUGAUCUCAGGAGAGGCUGUUGGCGACUUCUGGAUGAAGGACCUGGAUGUUAGCCUACCUGUGGGCCUGUUGGUGCGUGUACUGGAAGCUAGAAACUUAAAUUUGCUCACGUUAAAUGGGAUGGACCUGGGGGAUUUGGCCAGUAGAGUUCUGCGUCGAAGCUGCAACAGAUCGCAGGUCGUGUCUGGGGCCUUCAAUCUUGUCGAUCUCACCAUAAACUCUUUGUUCGUGGACACUAUCAAGACCCACUCCCUAAAUAGCAGGCCAGCGAGCGAUUUGCUCGGAGUCUUCACUAUUGCCGGUGAUCAGAUCAUCACAGGUUAUUGGAAGUUGAGGAGCGUGCAUAUAGCAGGCAACGUGGUGACCUCUGGCCUGGUGAAUGGGUUGAGCAUGAGGCGGCUGUGUCAACUGGGGAAGCCAUGUGUUGUCUUCGCCAGGAAGAUCUUUACUCGAGACCUCGUAGUCGCGGGGAAUCACAACGUCGUACCUCGAAGAAAAGUGCAAGGAGUGGACGUCUCUGAGUCCUUCAGUUCAGUUGUGUACAGAGAUGCAUGUGGCCACGUUCCUGGCCUUACUACCUUCACCGCCUCCCUCACAGCCACCUCCAGAGAUGUGAAGGUACAUGGUGUAGUGAAUGGUGUCGAAGUUUCCUUGCUUCAGUUACUGACCCUCUCUGGCACACAAGUCAUGACGGGUAAUCUGUCAGUCUUCCUUAAAGAAGGUAUGAUCUUCCUAUCUAGUUCCUUGUCUGCUACAGACGGCUUGUUCAACGGUCUCGACCUGACGGCGUUGUUGGAGCGAGCGUUCCAGGUAAAUGGAGCCAACAGGGUAAGGCAGCCAGUGACGUUCCAUGUUGCUGUAGUGUUCCAGGACGUGAGCUACGGGCCUGGAGCCAUCGCCUUGGCCGAUGUUGUUGACGGUGCCCUGAGCAACAUGGAGUACAAGCAGAGCAACUUCCACGUGCAAGAGCUCUCCAACGCAGUCAGUUGGGCAAUCAAAGGCCGUGUACGAGAAUUCUGGGGUUGGCGUUUAGUACAACAGUUCGAGGCGGCGCCGCAGAGGUUGGUGCCCCUGAGACUGGUUUGGGGCAAGGCUGCUGGCGCCUUGGCUUCCGGCUACCUGGCGCUCGUAACUAGGUCCGGCGGCGUCAGACUCCUCGGGUACAACACCGCUUCCAAGCAGUACUUGGACUUCGAUGUGAUCCCUGGUAACUGUACGAGAAGCGUAGUGGGCUACAGAAGACCAGAUGCGAGCAUCUUCGUUGUCACGGGUCAUGCUUGUAACUUUGAAGACGCCAGUCAUGCCAACACCAGCACCUCCCAUCAGAUGGCCGGAGACGAGUGGGUGAAGGUGUACAGGCUGAGCGUGACUGAGCGACCCUACCUAGUCUCCUUCAUCCCUACCCCAGGAGCUGCUGAUCUCCAAGUACUGUGGUGGGGAGGAGUGCCGUGCCUGGUUGUGGUGGAAGCCCGUGGCGCGGACACGGUCAUACUCUGCGAGUAUACUGCUGGACACUUCAGGGAACGACAGCGCCUUCACUCCAUCAACCCCCGCAAGGUGUCUGUGGCAGAGCACGAAGACCCCCUGGGCAGAUCCUGGACCUUCCUGACGGUAGCAGACCCUGGGACCUUCCCUGACCACAGAGGGGCUGCUUAUAUCUGGAGGAGCGACCACAAUAACUCCUCCUUCAGUAUUCUGCAGGAGUUUGACCUUCACAGUGCGGUGUGGGUGGAGUUUGCUUCCCACCGCUCAGACCUAUUCUUGGCGGUGGUCUUGGAGACCUUCAGAGGCGAUCAGGAAGGCGCGGUCAACAUCUACAGGAUGGAUUGGUUCAGUGAGGACGGGUUGACGGCUCUGGGUCACUCUGGCACGGUGCUACACCACUUUUUCAGCAGCAGUGACCGCUAUCAUUACCAACCUCGGCCCAAUUUCCACUUAGUGCAAGUGUUGUCGGUGGUGCAGCCCCUGGAGGCCAGGUUCUUGGCGAUUCCCUCUCGGCUUCUCCUCUACGUCAUCAAUCAGCAGGGCUUUGUAACGAGGUUCAGCCAGAGGGGCAUACACAUGUUCUGGGAGGAGGGAUCGCUACACGCAGCCUGGAAGACUACACUGGAGGCGUGGUCGACCUACGACAACGGAACAGUGGUCCACAGGAUAUCCGUGGCCGGCCAGACGUGUGCCCUGGAAGACGCACCUGAGGAAGAACCCGCUACAAUCCUAGAAGAGAUCUUCAGGAGCAAAGAGUAUUGACCCGAUCCAAAAUAUGGAAAUAUAGUUGCCGAGGCUUCGCUAGGCUAAAAAUUGACACAUUACUGGCAAGCCUAGCUUGGAUACGCAACUGUCCUAUAUUGUUUCGUUAACAUUGCUUACCAUUACAUUUAAUGGUCGGCUGUAGUAUGCAGACGACUGCUUUAGUAUGAGAGAAUGUCGUAGUAGGAAAAUACGUAAUAACGCCCGGGAUAGCUAGAGGCAACAGAUUUUCAAUGUUUACAACUUUGUACUUGGUGUAUCUUACAGAACGUUAUUAUACCUACAUAAAUACUGAAAGGCAGUCUAGUUAGUGUCUAGUUUUAAGUUAUUUAUAUUUUAAGUGUUAAGGCAGUUAGUAGUAUUGCAUUGUAUUUAACUUGUUCAUGUGACAUUUUAUAGAUUUUAAGUUUGUUACUGUUAUUUAUAAUUCUCGAUGUAUAUUAACAAUGUUAACCGGUUCAUAAUAAAAACGUGAAGAC